AUGGAACUCAUCGGUAUCGAUGUCACUGAUGGAAAAGCUGUGGUUAAUGGAAAAACUCGCUCGCGUUCAAACAUUGCCAAUGUCACUGUCGUUAUGAAGCUCGUGGAGUUUCUGAUCAGUCGCGAUGCACUCAAGGGAAGAACUUCCGCUAUCAUCACGACGUAUGCAGAUCAGAGAAAAGAGUACGUCCGCCGCCUGAAGAAGUUGUCGGAAAGGCUCAGUAUCGCUUGGAAGGACAUGAUAAAAAUAGCCACGGUUGACUCCAUGCAGGGCCACGAAGUGGAUAUGGCGAUAUUGGAUUGGGUUGUGGACUCAGGGGCGAAGUCUCAUUUAGGCUUUGCCUCCGACAAUCGCCGCACGAACGUCGCCCUCACCAGGGCAAGGGCACGUUUGAUCGUGGUCGCCAAUGGAGCUAUCCUCAACAACGACCGUCUGAGUGAGCGAAAGCCGACACACCUUCACCCGGAAGUCCUGGCGCACUGGAACAGUUUGUUCCUUAAUGGUCUCGUUGUGGACGUCCGUGCUGGUCUGAUGACAGGCGACACCGAUGGUUAA